CGCAGCUGGAGCGGCCGCCCCAGCCCAGCCCGGCCCAGCCCAGCCCGGCCCGGCGCGGCGAUGAGGGGCAUCCCGGGCUUAAAGCGGCUGCGGCUCAAAAUCUGCCGGCGAUGCGCCCUGCUGCUGCUGCUCCUCUGGGCUGCCUGCUGGGUGGUGGUGAGCGCUGCGCUCUUCCUCCUGCACAGGAGCGUCUUCUCCGAGCGCUGCACGGACGAGAAAAGCCACCGGAUCCUGGCCAGGCUGUGCCUUGACUACAGCAGCGGAGCCCUGACUGGAGACCUCUGUGAAGACCUGUGUGUGGCACAGAAGCUGGUGUACAAACACUGCCUUUACUAUGACAGAGGUAAGAAGGUCAUUCAGGCUGAUUGGAGAGGCCAGCCCAUCAUACUGAAAUCCAAAAAAGAAAUCUUUUCCAGCUACCAGCACCUCAGUAUGCUAGAGGAGGUGGAAACACAGGAUAUCCCUGAAACAGAGCUUCUGCUUAUGGUAGCUUUGGAGGUCAAAAAUGCCCUGGGGCUAGAACUGUCUAACAAUACCAUGGGGCCCCUGUGGACAAGCAAGAAGGGACCACGUUGGAAAGCACAGGUGGCCAGCAUGUGGUCCUUGCUCCAGCAGGAGGAAUAUAUCUACUUCAGUUUGCUGCAGGACUUCAGCAAACAUGUGCUACGAAUUAUUGGCUCUUGUGGACACUUUUAUGCUGUGGAGUAUCUCACAGCUGGACACGCCUGGCACAAAACUCUUUUUCCCUUGGAAAACGUGAUCAGUCCCUCCCUUACUGGACACAGAAGCAGGGUGAGAGCCAUCAUUGACAUUGCACUCAGCUUUCUGGACAUGGUGCAGCACUUUGAUAAUGAUUUCUCUCACCGACUUCACCUGUGCGACAUCAAACCAGAGAACUUCGCUAUCAGGCAUGAUCUCACGGUGGUGGCCAUUGAUGUGGAUAUGGCCUUUUUUGAACCCAAAAUGAGGGACAUCCUGGAACAGAAGUGCACAGGAGAUGAAGACUGUAAUUUCUUUGAUUGCUUUUCAAAAUGCAAUCUGAAAAUCAGAAAAUGUGGAGCACAGAGAGCCAAUAACAACUUGCAAGUAAUCUGUGACAAAAUAUUCCGUCGCUGGUUUUCCCCAAGCCUCAGAGGACCACUGGUUUCCCUGCCCCUGCAGCUGCAGCUGCAGAAAGCCGUGCAGGAGUGUGCUCAGCCGGGGCACACGGGUGCCACGGGGCACCAGAGGACUCUGAGAUCUCUCUCCGAGCUGUACCACCUGCUUCGGGUCACUCAGCGAGAACUGCAAGGGGCAGAGUAGGCACAAAAGGCAGAACUGCAAAGGCCACAUCCCAGUCUCUCUGCCAUCUCUCCUAAACCUGUACUUUUACAGCACAGAGAUUGCUUUUCUGCUAUGCAAAUGAAGUUCAUGGCUGCUGGUGCAGCAUGCCCUGAUAAUAUCCUGUCAAGUGUUAAAUUGCUUUACAUUACUUGGGUUCUGCUCUUGCUUAUUUUCCUGAGCCAGCACUACUCCUCUCCAUCAGCAUUCAGCACAAACUUCUGAGCUGUAGUCACUGCUCAGAUAGCAUCAGUCUGAGUGUGAUGCUCAGAGGAUGCAUUUACAGAAGAAAAGUGUAAGUGCAGCAAAACUCUAUCAAUAAUUAAAAGAAUGGGUGAGUGGGUGUGAAAGUGUACAUGUAUGGUGUUUGUUUUAGUUUCUCUGUCAAAUGAGGGGUUUUUUACAGUAGAGACAGAGAAUUCUGUAUGAAAAAAAAAGAGGGGGAUCUCAAACAGGAACAUGUACUGUGACAUAAGAAAAGGGUUGCUUUUGUACAAAGCAGUCCUUUCUGAUGUCCCCAAAUGCAUUUUCUCCAGGGCAUUGCAUUACCUGUGCCAUUGCUAACUCUUUUGCGGAAAAAUUAUAUAAAGGUGCUUUGGACUUUUCUAGAGCAAAAUAAUUAUACCCUUGCUGAGCUCCCAUGUGGGUACUCAUAUUCUGCAGUGAAGAGGUAUGAAUAAUGCUACUGGAUUUUCCCAUGUGAACAAGCCCUCAGGCACUUGUACAUCAGAGCACUUGAUAAGAAGCACUCCUUUGCCAGAGAGCAGAAUUGCCCAGGAAUGUCAACAAUCUGUCCUUUGCACAGAACAAUAUCCAGACCCAGAGUUUUCUUCCACGGUAUUUUUUUAAUGAACAAAAGGAAAAUUUUUUGGUACAAAUUCAUUAUUUUGCAAUCAGUUACAUAAAUAAAGAUCUCAAGAUUAACUUAAAAACAUUAACUUUGCCUUUCAAAUGUGCAGAGCUGUGGAUGGAGAAACUAACAUGGGUUCAGGAGAUACUACAAGUGCAUAGGCCCAGUACCAGCCAAUGUCUCCAGGACCUGGUUUUGGCAUGAGGGCAUUGCAAACCCCACAAACAGGGAUCCCAGCAGCCUAUUCAGUUUUGAAGAAUCAAUGUUAAGACUGGCAAUACUGGUUUGUGGAUGUGAGAAGUGUAACAACACUUAAUCUGCUCCUUCUUUAUGUCCCUCAGCCUUAUGACAGCUGUGAAGCCUGUGAGCACUAAUUAGACAUAAACUUUCUAUUUCUCAAGUGGUUCUUUAAAGUAAAGCUAAAGACUGCCUGUGACCAGAAAAAUGGGAACUGCUUACAAGACCUUGACCCCUUAAAACCUAGCUCAAAUUUUCAUACUGGUACUAUAUAUAUAUAUAUAUUUUCUGCAAUAAGCUAUCAUAUUUUUAAAAAUCAUGCAAGCCCUCAAGAAACUCAAAGCAAGAACAAGGUCAGCUGCCUUGCCUGGGGCUGGACAAGCUGCUGCUAGACUGGAACUCCAGCUUAGGAGCUCCUGACUGGUAAAGUUGCUCUCAGUCCAUGCUUCUCCUUUAGCCAGCCAGGCAAAGAAUGUUUCAAUACUUUAAGAUCACUCUUUGCAAAAGUAGGAAGGAAAAGCAGAAUAAGAAGAAACACGAAUUCCAGAACUAGCCUUGUUACAAAGUAAGGAAAUAGAUGGAGAAAAUAAUUAAGGACAGAAUCAGACUGUGGCAAAGGAGUGGGGAUUGGUAAAGUAUCAGUUAAAGAGAGCACAAGGAAAGAGAGAUGAAGGAAAAAUUUUUAAAAAAAAUGAAGUAAAAAUAUGUCAGCCUUUGUAGAAAAGCUUUCUUGAUUUGUGAUGCAAGAUUCAAUAAAGUGACAUUUAGUCUGAGGAAGAAGAGACUG